AUGGAACACUCCACGCCGUCUACGUCUGAGACACUCGAUCUGAUAUGUAUCGGGUUCGGGGUCACGGCGCUCUCUCUCGCCGUUGCCUUGCACGAGAAGAAAUCGCUCGACAAGGCAUUGUUUCUAGAGGCGCAAUCACAAAGCGCUUGGAAGCCGUAUCCCGACGUCCCAUCUGAACGGCUGAGGACUUCGUUCUUGAACGAUCUCAUCACUUCCGAAAAUCCUCGGUCUAAAUUCACUUUCAUGAAUUAUCUGCACGCCACCAAUCGCCUCAUCGUCUAUGCCAACAGUUCUCGGAUCACGCCGUCAAGGGAACUGUUCGCCGAAUAUCUGCGAUGGUGUGGCGAUAACAUCCAUGCUCGAAAGGAGUUUUCGAGGAGAGUCGACAGAGUUGUACCAGUGAAGAACGCCGCUGGCAGAGUUUCGAGCUGGAAGGUCUUCUUCGUGGAUAAAGUCACAGGAAAGACCGAAGUCGCAGAGGCAAAGCAAGUAGUUGUGGCCACGGAGCCGGAGCCGCGCGUGCCUGGUAUCUUGUCGCAACCCAACAUCCGAGCAGCUGUUGCACACUCGACGGACUCUCUCGAAGCAAUUCCAGCGGUCCUAAAAAGAACUGCAGGACGCGCUCGAAUUGCAGUUAUUGGCGAUGGGCAGUCGGCGGCCGAAGUCUUCUAUUACGUGCAAAACAUCCGAGGAGAUCAUCAGACGGUUUGGUUCACCCGAGAUAAUGUUAUACGGGCAUCUGACGACAGCCCAUUCCUCCAAGACGUUAUACGGCAGCCAACAACAAGCGCUACCCAAGCCUUGCCAGCCGAGUUGAGACGACAGGCGCUUGGACUCAAGUCAACCGUCGUUGAAGACGAGCUUCUGAAGAAUAUCUACGAUUCGCAGUAUCGCCAAAGUGUGAAACAGCCGGAUCCCUUUAAAUGGCAGCAUCAGAUACAGGUCGGCCAACAACUGACUUCGGCAGAGAAGACGUCAGGAGACAAAGUCGUGCUGGGAUUCCUCAAUUCUGGCGGCGCGACACAACGUACCGACAUUUAUGACCUUGUCAUUGCUGCAACUGGAUUUAUCAAGGUUGACCAUCAAACAAUCCUGCAUCAGCUACUUGAGUUGGUCGAAGGCCCUGGGAUCUCUGUGGACCGAGACUACCAAGUGAAUUUCCGUUCCGGUUUGCUAACGAAAGACUGUGGUAUCUGGCUACAAGGGUCACUUGGAGAAGCGAAUAAUGACGAUGAGGCCGUUUAUCCGACCCUGGCAGAAAGAAGUCGUCGUGCCGUUGAAUCGAUCCUGCAGCAAAGACGACAACAAAGUCAGUCUUCGCUGGAAGAGAGAUCUGCCAGACUCUGA